CUCUAUCUUUGCUCUUCCAUCCUCCGCCUCCCCCGCCGCCAGUCCCCUGAUUUUCCCACCCCUUUUGCGCAGUUAAAAAAAAAAAAAAAAGUAAAGCAAUUUCUGCUGCGAGCGCAGGACGGGGGGAGCCGCCCGAGAUCUCUCCAAGAUACCCCAGGGAAGGAGGAGGUGGGCUGAAUUUAGUAGGACAACUCGUUUACUAAUGACUCCGUGGCUGGCUGCGACCCGCCGGGAAAUCAGGUUUGCCUGUAGGUACCUGAGCUGACACCGACGGUGCCUAAAGAUGCUGAGCGGCGUUUGGUUCCUCAGUGUGUUAACCGUGGCCGGGUUCUUACAGACGGAGAGUCGCAAAACUGCCAAAGACAUUUGCAAGAUCCGCUGCCUGUGCGAAGAAAAGGAAAACGUACUGAAUAUUAACUGCGAAAACAAAGGAUUUACAACUGUCAGCCUGCUCCAGCCCCCUCAGUAUCGAAUCUACCAGCUUUUCCUCAAUGGAAACCUCCUGACGAGACUGUACCCAAACGAGUUCGUCAAUUACUCCAACGCGGUGACUCUCCACCUGGGUAACAACGGGCUGCAGGAGAUCCGAACCGGGGCGUUCAGCGGCCUGAAAACCCUCAAGAGACUGCACCUCAACAACAACAAGCUCGAGGUGCUGAGGGAGGACACCUUCCUGGGCCUGGAGAGCCUCGAGUACCUCCAGGCUGACUAUAAUUACAUCAGUGCCAUCGAGGCAGGGGCAUUCAGCAAACUGAAUAAGCUCAAAGUGCUCAUUCUGAAUGACAACCUUCUGCUGUCACUCCCCAGCAAUGUGUUCCGGUUCGUCCUGCUGACCCACUUAGACCUCAGAGGAAACCGGCUGAAAGUAAUGCCUUUUGCGGGUGUCCUUGAACAUAUCGGAGGGAUCAUGGAGAUUCAGCUGGAGGAAAACCCAUGGAACUGCACUUGUGACUUACUUCCUCUCAAGGCUUGGCUGGACACCAUAACUGUCUUUGUAGGGGAGAUCGUCUGUGAAACUCCCUUUAGAUUGCACGGGAAAGAUGUGACCCAGCUGACCAGGCAAGACCUCUGUCCCAGAAAAAGUACUGGCGACUCCAGUCAGAGGGGCAGCCAUGCUGACACACACGUCCAAAGGCUGUCACCUACCAUGAACCCUGCUCUCAACCCAACCAGGGCUCCCAAAGCCAGCCGGCCACCCAAAAUGAGAAAUCGGCCGACGCCCCGGGUCACCGUGUCAAAGGACAGGCAGAGCUUCGGCCCCAUCAUGGUCUACCAGACCAAGUCCCCCGUGCCCCUCACCUGCCCCAGUAGCUGUGUGUGCACCUCUCAGAGCUCAGACAAUGGUCUAAACGUAAACUGCCAAGAAAGGAAGUUCACUAAUAUCUCCGACCUGCAGCCCAAACCUACCAAUCCAAAGAAACUCUACCUGACCGGGAACUAUCUUCAAACUGUCUAUAAGAACGACCUCUUAGAUUACAGUUCUUUGGAUUUGUUGCAUUUAGGAAACAACAGGAUUGCAGUCAUUCAGGGAGGUGCUUUCACAAAUCUGACCAGUUUACGCAGACUUUAUCUGAAUGGCAAUUACCUUGAAGUGCUGUAUCCGUCUAUGUUUGAUGGACUGCACAGCUUGCAGUAUCUCUAUUUAGAGUAUAAUGUUAUUAAGGAAAUUAAGCCGCUGACCUUUGAUGCUUUGAUUAACCUCCAGCUACUGUUUCUGAACAACAACCUGCUGAGGUCCUUACCUGAUAACAUAUUUGGGGGCACGGCCCUCACCAGGCUGAAUCUGAGAAACAACCAUUUUUCCCACCUGCCUGUGAAAGGGGUUCUGGAUCAGCUUCCAGCUUUUAUCCAGAUAGACCUGCAAGAGAACCCGUGGGACUGCACCUGUGACAUCAUAGGGCUAAAGGACUGGACAGAACAUGCCAAUUCCCCUGUCAUUAUCAACGAGGUGACCUGCGAGUCUCCAGCUAAGCACGCAGGGGAGAUACUGAAGUUUCUGGGGAGGGAGGCUAUCUGUCCAGAGAGUCCCAACUUGUCAGACGGAACCAUUUUGUCAAUGAAUCAUAACACAGACACACCUCGAUCGCUUAGUGUGUCUCCCAGUUCCUAUCCUGAACUCCACACUGAAGUUCCACUUUCCGUCUUAAUUUUAGGAUUGCUUGUUGUCUUUAUUUUAUCUGUCUGUUUUGGGGCUGGUCUAUUCGUCUUUGUCCUGAAACGCCGAAAGGGGGUGCCAAGUGUUCCGAGGAGUGCCAACAACUUAGAUGUAAGUUCCUUCCAGUUACAGUAUGGGUCCUACAAUAGCGAGACUCAGGAUAAAACGGAGGGCCACGUCUAUAACUACAUCCCCCCACCUGUGGGGCAGAUGUGCCAAAACCCCAUCUACAUGCAGAAGGAGGGAGACCCAGUAGCCUAUUACCGAAACCUGCAAGAAUUCAGCUAUGGCAACCUGGAGGAGAAAAAAGAAGAGCCAGCCACUCUUGCUUACACUAUAAGUGCCACUGAGUUGCUAGAAAAGCCGGCCACACCAAGAGAGCCUGAGCUGCUGUAUCAGAAUAUUGCUGAGCGAGUCAACGAACUUCCUAGUGCAGGACUAGUCCAUUAUAACUUUUGUACCCUACCUAAAAGGCAGUUCGCCCCUUCCUAUGAAUCUCGACGCCAAAACCAAGACAGAAUCAAUAAGACCGUUUUAUAUGGAACUCCCAGGAAAUGCUUUGUGGGGCAGUCAAAACCCGAUCACCCUUUACUGCAAGCUAAGCCGCAAUCAGAACCAGACUACCUCGAAGUUCUGGAAAAACAAACUGCAAUCAGUCAGCUGUGAAGGGAAAUCAUUUACGACCCUAUGGCAUCAAAGUAUGCUGCUCCAAACUGUUGGAAGCACCCGCAUUUGUUUUUGUGUUUGUUUGUGCUCUCCCCUUCCCUGCGUCAAUGGGGGACUUUGAAAAUGUUUGGGGGACGGGGUGAAGCCAUGAUACUGCUUUUUCGAGCUUUCCUUUAAAUUAUUUCUCUCUUGCCCCCCCGCCCCCCCUUUUCUCCUUCUCUCCUUAGGAAUCAUCAUUGACCAUGAAUGUUUCUACGAUGCAUUUUUUCAUAUAUUUUGUUUAUGGUUUUGUUUCUUUUCUUCUUUUGUUUUUUCCGGUGGGGGAUGGGAAGAGGAGAUUAUAGUGAAUGAAGACAGAGUCAGCAGACUUUUCAAGUGAAAAUGGCUAUUUAGUGUAUUUUGUAGAAGAUCUCCAAAGCUCUUUUGAGACUAUAAAUUCUUUUGUAAAUAAUGAUAUAUGGUAUUUCCAUCUUCAAUUAUCGAGUGUAGCCAGUAGGCACCACUGCUUUGUGUUAAAGUGCCUUUGCACUUUACGUACAUUACUUAAAUGUUGCUUUUAGCUUUGAUAAAUUGAACAUAUUUUAAUGUGUUGUAUUUUUGAAAUUAAAAACACCGUAAAAUAGAUCUAAAUGUCAGCUAUAUUAAGUCAACGUGCAGUUUGCUUGAGUUGUUGAAACCAGCCUGUCAUCAAAUGAUUCUAGGUCUAGGGCUUCAUAAAUUUAACUGUAAAAUAUUUCCUUUCCUCUGGAUUUGUUCUAAGUGAUUUUAUUUAAGUCAACUAAGGGGAUUUAACAGUGGACUAGAGGUAAUAAACUGCCUCAGUUGGGAUUAGUAAUUCAUUAAUAAAAUAUAUUUAACCCAAUAUCAGAGUGAAUUGAACAAUUAAUGCCCUUCCGUAAAUCAUUAUUUUACACUAACAUGGUCAGUGUUUUAGAUUAUUUUUCUAAUUAAGAGUACAUUACACAACUUGUAAUAUAUUUUUUCUGCAUUAAAUUAGAUAUUUUUAUAUAUUUAAAUGACAGAGUCUGUAUUUCUAACUUUUUAAUUGAAAUUAAUAUUUUUUCUGCCUAUUGAAACAUUUUCUAUAAACACACACCAGUAGAGGCCGCCACACACCUCAUUUAAUAAAGACAUAUGAGCCAUUAAAUACCUUGAAGGAAGACUUCAAAGGUGAGAUUAAAACUUCCCAAGUAAAUUCUCUGCAAAUUCAAGGCAGCAGAGACGAACGCGUACGUUACUUUCUUUUAGGAUUAAAGUUUAGACUCGGAAUCCUUCUCAAUUUUCACAUGUUCAGAGAAAGCAGGUUUUCCUCUUGAGUUUAUCGAAGUGUUAACAGGGUGCUAUCAAAUCAUAUACUAUUUGCACCUCCAAAUUGAUUAAGAAGUACCUAAACGAAGGACGUAAGCAUCUUUUUUUCUUCUGCCUUCUUUAGGCGUGUGUUUCUUGAUUUUUUUUCCUUGUCAGUUCGAGCGAGCCUUUUGUUUUGAGCAUUAAAAUGAUUUUAACUAACCAAGUCUAUAUAACGCUUCUGAAGCCUUAUUAGUCUGUAAGUUUUAGAUGCAAGCAUUAUUGUGUGAUUUAAACAAACAGCCCUUCUUUACAACAAAAAAUAGUUUUGUUUUGUCUAUUGUAAAUCCUUAUGCAACUGGGGUGGUGAUCUGCAUAUAAAGUAGUCCAGCUUUUCAAAUCCUUAUUAAAGCAAUUGAUGGCUUCUGAAAGAAGCACACUGUUUCCUUUUCAUAAAUAAGUUACUGACCAUAAUAACCCUUUAUUAUCAUGUGGAGAUUGAAGUGGAUCCUCAUAACUUACUUUUAAAGCUUUAAAAUGACGAAUAGUAUAUUGUCUGUCACUAUAAACAAUUCAUGUGAUAGGCUUUCAAUUAGAAAUUGCUUAAAUCCAAAUUAUUUGGAUGAAUGACUGGUGCAAACAUUUUUUUUUUAACAAUAGAAGGUAAUUGUGUCUAUAUAAAUAUAAAGGGAAGGCGGUCGGGGAAAAAAAAUGCCUCCGACAGCCUAGAAUCUCUGAAUAUCUACAGUGACAAGCUAACGUGUGCAUGCUUUGAUUAGAGAUCAUACCUCCUAUUUAAAUCCAUUAGAUCAAAAUGGAAAACGAUGGCCUGAAAUGAUCUACAAGAAAGUUAAUGUAAAGAGAUUUCACAGAAAAGGAGCUAGAGUAUUAUGCUAGCUGAACUUGGAGAUAGCUCCUGGAAACCACUCCUCUUUGAGUGAAUUAUUUAUAUAUGAGUUUCAAAAAUCCUCUCGUGGCUGCUCUCAUUUGGUGCAAUGACAAAUACAGAAUACUGAGGUAGGUAUUUGGGGAAGCGAUUAUGAAGGGAAACUAACAUACAUAUUCUAUUAAGACAGUUUUUAGGUUUAAACUAUAUGGCCAGGACUAUUGAUGUAGAGAUACUACUUCAGCAUUUGUUCUUAUUCUCCUGAAAGUAAAGUCAUUCCUGUAAAAUGCCAUUAUCCAUAGAAAAACUAAUUCAUUAAUUUUAAAUCCAGAUACUUUCAUAUUCAUGUAGUUACAUGAUUCUAAAGAGGCCUCCUGGAAGAAUUCAGAUUCAUAAACUCUCCUACUUAAUAAUUAUGGUUUAAUUCUAGAUUCUCAUGCUUUUUAGAUCUGUACUUUAUUUGUAUUACGUUUGAAAAUGAAAUCGUUUGAAUUUGCUCCAGAUUAUUUCGUUUAAAGGCAUAAUAUACCAUAUACUUUGAAGCUUUAUUUUCUAAUGCAAUCACAAACACUUUGUUUAUUAACUUAACAUCCCCACUGACUACGUAUUGUUUUGCUGUAUCCACUCAAGUGCUUUCAAACAUAUUUUAUUUUAGGAGUUUUAUUUUUAUCUCCUACAGCUGGAUUUUGCUAUUUCACUUUUAUUUCACAUGCAGCUUAUAAGGGGUAUGAGCAUCAGCACAGCGAAAUGGUUCCAGCCAACGGAAUGUGAUCUCCCCUGGCCCUGCCUGGAGCAGAUCUAUGUCUGGCCCUACAAAUAGCAAAUGGCAAUUCCCUUUGAUGCUAGCUCUUAAUUAGUUGCUUUCACUGCUUCUGAAUAUACCUGUGGCUAAGUCUGUAUCGAAACACUCACAAGUACCAUUUCUCAGUCUGGACACAAUUGCCAAGAGUCUAAUUUGGUUCUGGACAUUGGUCAACUUGUGUGCCUUGAUAGUUCACUCCAGCAGUUUGGUGAGUAAGGAAAUUACCCUUCAAUUUCCUCUGCUUUGUCCUCUGACCUCUAAGGUGAUUUUAUUCUUCUGAGUAUCUCCAUGUCAUCAAGGGCUCAAUAUUUUAUGGAUUUUACAAAAAGUGUAUAAGGAACAAGAGAGAGGUUCUGGGAUUUUUCAGACUCUGGGAAUUCAUUUUGAUUGGACGCAUUUUGGAAACAUACUAGAUUGGAGGCUAGAGUGAAGAGAGCCUUCCAGGCAGUUCUCCCAAUUCAGUCAUUUCUUCAAUCAUUGAAGAAAUAGUUAUUGAGUGCUUGCUUCCUAGGUGCCAGGCGCUAUGUUGUACGCUGAGGGGGCACAGAGGUACAGGAUCUCAGCCCCACCCCCUCACCCACAGCGGUGGGGUGCUCAGUGCUAAGAAAGGAUAUGCAUGACAAUUGCCCAGAGUAAACAGUGGGAACACGGAUGAAAUGUAGGCAGUUGCGUUUUUUUAAAGGUGAUGCUGUGCAAUGAAGUAUAAAACUGACAUAUCUUCAAUAGACUAGCUACACUGCAACCAUUAUUGACAUCUCUUUAGAGUUACACACGUAAAAAGGAAAAAAAAACCCACUAAAAUAAAAUAAAACAAAUUUCUGUAGGACAAGGCCCAACAAUAUGGCCUGAAGGGAGCUAUAUAUGUGUGUUGUCUAAAGAUCUACAAUUUAAAGAUGAGUCCCAAAAAUGUAAAUACAAAAUCACAAAUGUACUUUACUUUUCUGGACUAUCCAUGUUUUAGAGGCAAUAUUUACUUUAUAUUUCAGUGGCUUAAAAGAUCACAUUUUGGCUUAAGUGUCUUUUACCAAUACAGUGUGAAGGCACUUACUUCAAUCCUGAGAGAGAAAAUUAAGUACUGUAUAUAGGUGUACUUUGCUUCUCACAAUGGUUGUGCAAAAAGUCAUGCGUAAAUUGUAGUUUUGUAAAUCAAAUUGUAUUUUAAAUGCAUUAGGGGAGCUGCCAUUUAGAGGAAUCUUGUGAAUCCUUUUAUAAAGCAGAAAACCAUUUUAUAAUACAAAUAAUCACUCUCUAAUUUAUCUGUUUUGUAUAUUUGGAUUUUCAAUAUUGACUUUGCUUAAAACGGAGCCCACCUGCAUAAUAAGAGUGUAUUUUGCCAAUGCUGCUUGUGCUACCAGUUUCUUGGUUGCUAAGGGCUUAUACUUGAAAAUCUGCUGCAGUUUUGUGUGAAUUGAGCUAUCAAGCGAUUCCAUGAUGGUGCAGUAGCAUUCCUGAACAGUCCAAGUAGGCAACCCAUUUCAACUUAAUUGAACACAGGACUCUUCGGCCCAGCAGCGUCUCCUCUCAGAUGUGGCCAUGUUUCAUUAGAGGGUAGAGUGACUCCUGGCUAUAAAGUGCUCAGAGUCACAGGUUUUAUAAUAAAUAUGUUAUUAUGUAAACAUAUUGAAGUGCAUGUGUGUUAGAACUUUUUAGCAGUAUUUUAGCUUGAAAGUACUUGUACAAAUACUGUUAGAUUUAGUUGCAAAUAAUUGUUCUCAAGUUACUGGAAUAAAUGGCAAAUGAAACAAGCUCUCGUGUAAAUAGAUUUCUGUGCCAAAUAGUGACAUUGUUUCAAAACAUGAAUGUCAUAUUUUGGGCUGUUAAUAGGCAAAAUGAAAUAUUGGA